AUGCGUCGGAGGGCCGCAGGAAGGCUCGGGGUGGAAGUCGACCCUUCUGGGGAGGUGCACAAAGUGCAGUUGACCACCCCACUGGAGGACAUGUCGUCCGAGUACACGGGCCUCAUAGGGGUUGGGACCAACGCCGCGGGCGAGCCCCAGUUCCAGGCUCGGGUGGUCUUUGACACCGGCAGCACCAACCUUUGGAUAGCCUCCGUGCUGUGCCAGGCGUCGCCCUGUGACGAGCGGUCCCGGGGCUUCUACGAUCCCGAGCGCUCUAUGACCUCGGAGGAGUACCAGGGAGAAAGGUCUCAUGACAUCGACAUUAUGUUCGGCACCGGGGAGUUGAAAGGCGCGGGCGGACCUGGAUUUGAAGAUGUGAACGUAUUCACCUCCGAGGCUCCGGAGGUGAAUCGAUGCGUCACGGAGCUGAUGGACUGCGCCCUGGUUGGUCUGGGGGAGCAGCUGGGGCCCCGGCGCCAGGUGAGCCUGGCAGCACUGGAGGCCCAGCUCUGCGCCCAGCGCCAGCGCAAGGCGGAGCAAGUGCUACAGCGACGCCUGGAUUGCCUGAGGCAAGUAUCGCAGGCGCAGGCCUCGCUGGGCCGAUUCUUGGACCGCCGGGCUUGCAGCGUGCAGGAGGCCUCACUGGUGGCCUCGGAUGCCCAGGGUCGCCUCAACCGCCUCCGCGAGCAGAGUGAGACGGUCCGGGUGAGCGCGCUGAAGUCGGCGCAGGCGCAGGUGGCGGACGCCGAGCAGCGGGCCUUGCAGGAGGCGCGGGCGCGGCACCUGGCGCUGGACCAGCGGGAGGCGGAGCUGCUGAAGGCGGAGAAGCUGAGGAGCCAGCUGCAGUCCAUGUCCAAGGGCACCUGCAACGACUUGACGCAGAUCCGCCGCGCCCUGGAGGAGGCCGAGCAGCAAGCCACAGACGUUCAGGAGGAGAAGGCUUACAUCGAGGAGAGGAAGGUGAAGCUGGAGGCUCGGGAGGCUGCGCUGCCCAUCAUGGAACGAGCCUGGAAGGAGGUGGUGGUGCGCGUGUCGCGACGCGGCGGCCGAGAGAAGCGAGCGCUUCUGGAGAAAGGGCAGCGCGAGAUCAGCAAGCAACUGAUCAAGGAUCCGCACUUCGUGGCGUGCCUGCGGAAAGUGCUGCGGCGGCCUCUGAAGGUGGAGUCUGAUAGCGGCAGCACCGAGGAGGCAGCCGUUGAGUCCCCGAACUUUAGCCAGAGGGACACCACGGAGCAGACCGAAGUCAGUGCGGCGCACUCGCGGGAGGAGACCGUCUCUGCCUCGGAGAGGGAAGAGGUUCGAGCAGAGACACCGGAGCUCCGACAAGCGUCCAGGUCCAUCACGGCGCCGCCGCGGCGGGUGAUCACUCGAUGGCCCUCGCCCUCGGGGAGGAUUGUGGUGCACACCAGGAGCUCCAGCAAGCAGUCGGCGCACUCCGUCUCUGUGCACUCCGUCUCGGGGCUUCGGGAAGAGGCCGCGACUCCCGCGUCGCCGCUUUUGGCGUCGCCGAUUUCGGCGCCGCAGCGCCACGCCUCGCAGCCGGAGCCAAAGAGCACGGAGCGGGGCGCAGAAGUGGUCACCAGGUACGUGUCCGCCUGCGUAUCCGACCAAACCGACCGGUCCAUGACGGUCCGUGCCCACUGCGCCGCCUCCUUAGAGCUGACGCCUUCCGUGCCGAGCGUGGCGACGCAGCCGCCGAAUGUGGUGACGAAUGCGACAGCGAGCGCGGUGCGGAAGUAUCCCUACUCUCCGCAGCCAGUUGCCCAGCAGAUGUCGCCGAAGCCGGCGACGUUCGCGCAAAUGUCCUACUCGCAGGCCCCAGCGAUGUACUCGCCGACGCGCUACCACAUGGUGUCCCCAGCCCGGCCACAGGCUCCGCAGAUGGCGCAAGCUCCUCAGAUGGCGCAAGCGCCGCAGAUCUUCGGGCGCUACGUGAUGCCUCUGCCGGGCACACCCGGCAGGCCCUUGCACGUGGACACCUACCGGGUGGGCCCCAUGAAAGUGGAGCAGCAGCCCUUUGCGAUGAUCCGGGAGAUGAGCGGAGAGGUGUUCUCCUCCUUUCCCUUCGAAGGCAUCUUGGGCCUGGCUUUCCCCUCGCUGUCCUUCGGUGGCAUCGAGCCGUUCUUUGAGCGUGUCAUCAAGAAGAAGCUGCUGAAGCGGAACGAGUUCGCCUUUUUCCUGAACACCGACAGUUCGAAGCCCAGUGCCCUGCUAUGGGGAGGCGUGGACAAGGACCUCUACGAUGGGGACAUCGUGAUGUUUCCGGUGGCGAAGCCUCACUACUGGGCCCUUGAGCUCGUAGACUUCAGGAUAGGGAACCGUUCGCUGAUAGAGGACGAGGAGCACAUGAAGACCAAGUAUUUGAUUGUCGACACAGGCACAACCUACUUCACGGCUCCUGGCUCCAUCUAUGAGGUGAUCAUGGAUGCCUUUCCCGAGGCUUCCUGCUCGCGGGUGAGCUCCUACCAGCCUCUCACCUAUGUGCUGCGUGGCAAGCACGAGGACUACCACUUGCAAGUCACGCAGGAGACGUACAUGGUGGGGGAUGACUCCAACUCCUGCCUGCCAGCCUUCAUGAAGCUGGAUAUCAAGAAGGGGUAUGGCCCUGCAAUGAUCCUGGGCGAGGUCUUCAUGCGCCACUUCUUCACCGUGUUCAGUCGCGGCAACGGCGAGCUUUCAGAUGCCAAAAUCGGCUUUGCAAAGGCCAAGGCCGGUGCCAACCCGAAGGGAUGGGAUGGCAGCGUGCAGGUUCACGGGCACGGCGAAAGAAACGCGUCGCAGCAGCGCCCGAAACGCGGCUCCGCCGGCUCAAAAGUUUCGGCGGCCAUGGCGGAUGCCACCGUGGACCCGAGCGCCGAGGUGAAGGUGAAGACAGAGAAGGCACCAGAGGGCGAUGAGGUCUUCACUGACCCUUCCGGCUUCUUGACCGGCAGUGUCAAGAUCGAGGAUGGCACGACCAUCAAGAAGGAGGACUUAGACGCCAAGGUCAAGCAAGAAAAGAAGGAGGAGGAGAAGGAUGUCAAGAUGGACAGCGUGAAGGGUGAAGGAGUCAAGGGGGAAGGUGUCAAGCAAGAAGGCAACGUGAAGCUUGAGAAGCGUACAGAGGAAGACGUGAAGAACGAGAUGAUGAAGGGAGAAGGAGCGAAGAGAGAAGACUUCUACGCCUUGGCCAAGGGUGAGGCCACCAAGGGUGAGGUGAAGGGGGAGACCAAGGGCGAGAUGAAGGGCGAGGGUGUCAAGGGCGAGUCCAAGAGGGAAAGGUCGAGAUCCAAAAAGAAGAAGAAGAAGGACAAGAUCAAGAAAGAGAAAGCCGAUGGUGAUGAGAAGAAAAAGGACAAGAAGCGAAAGAAGUCGGAGUCGCCCGGUGGCACCCGAAAGCGAAAGUCCAAGUGGGGUCCUGAUACAGGGGGCUUCUCCAUGUCUGCCAUCCCUGGCGGACGCUCAGGGCUCCUGCCUGCGGCAGAGGCGGACGAGCUGAUGCCGAGAUUCUCGGAUGAGGAGAUGGUCCAACGGUCGCUGGUCCUCGAGAAUUUGUCUCUUAGCUGCACUGGCCAGGAGCUCAUCGAGUUCUUCAACGGCGCCAUUUUGGCCGUGACGGGCAAUGCAGUGCACCAGGCGGCAAACAGGAACAUGUCGCCGGUGUUUGCGUGCACCAUCACGGAGGAAGACCGUGCCAGCAGCAAGAGGAAGAUGGCGGAGCUGAAGUUCCGGACGCCGGACGGGGCGUCGGUGGGCAUGAAGCUAAACGGCAUCGAGUACAAGGGCCACAAGGUGACUGUGAAGAGACCAGAUGCCUUCACCAAGCCAGCAGAUGGCCAGGAUCCGUCAGUGCGAAUCAACUUGCACGAAAUGUCCAUGGCCAAGAUGAUCGGUGGCGCCACCGACAGCCGGGGCAUGCCAAUGGCGCAGGGCCCCUCGCCCAAGCUUUCCAUCUUCAACCUGCCGGAUGCCAUGACAGAGCAGAUCUGCAGAGAUCUCUUGAGUCAGUUCGGGAAGCUCAGGAUGUUGAGUCUGAUCCGAGAUCUCGGGACCGGAAAGAUCAAGGGCUAUGGGAUCUUCGAGUACGACAACCCCAACGACGUGGACUUGGCCAUUGUGGCGCUCAACGGCUUUGUGUGCGGUCAGAACGUCAUCCGGGUACAGAAGCUGGGUCAGCAGUCCACGGCGGCCACCACCAAGCCGCAGCCGGUGGCGGCCACGGCGAUGCCCAACUCGAUGACGCAGAAGAUCGUGAAGAACCCAGUGCUGGCCAUGCAGGUGAAGCAGGGCCGAGAGAUUGGGUCUCGGCCGAGCACGGUGGUGCAGCUUAUGAAUGCUGUGUACCAGGAGGACUUGAUGGAUGAUCAAGACUACGACGACAUCACUGCCGAAGUUCACGCAGAGGCCUCAAAGCACGGCACCGUGAUGCGGGUGGUCAUCCCCAAGCCGGCAAAGGACGGCACGUACGUGGAUGGUGUGGGCAAGAUCUUUGUAGCCUUCACGGACUUGACAGCAGCCCGGAAGUUCCAAAUGGAUGCCAACGGCAGGAAGUUUGAGAACCGAGUGGUUUGCGCUGCUUUCUACCCACUGGAGAAGUUCAACGAGGGCAAGUUCAAGCUAUGGUCGGCUUGAGGUGAGGUUGAAGGAG